AUGGAGCGCCUCUCCGCCAAGGAGUCCCUGCUCCUUGCCCUAGUUGAUACUGAACUUUUGAGGCAUUUCUCAACUAGGGCCUUGGUCAGCGGGAAGACUACUGAGAUGCAGAGGAUCGAUGUCAAUGAGCGAAUUGUUGGACUUGAACGCCUGAAUCCGACACCACGCCCCACAACGAGGUCACCUACAGCUGUUGCACACUUUACGGGACUUGAUGUGUCGAUCAAGGAUGGAUACUCCAAGCUCUCAUCUAACCUCAAGUUUCUAAAUACGAUACAAAGCAAGUUCCUACUGACAACUCAAUUGUCUGUUGAGGGCCCCAUCAGAAUGAAAGAGGAAUACGUUGAGGGCCUUAUAGAGAUUCCCAGAAUCAAUGAAGAAUCAUUGCCUGAACAGUUAAAGGGCUUGCUUGGCCAAACUGCAGGAGCUCUACAACAACUUCCUAGCCCUAUAAGGGAUGUUGUUUCAGAGGGGCUUAAAGUGCCACUAGGGGAGCUGAUUGAUAAUUUUCUGCAGACCACUGCUAACCAGCUGACUGUCUAUGGGUAUAUUUCUAAUAAUCUAUGGUUUAAAUGCAUGUUCUCAAUUGUAUUCUCAUUUAUCACAUUGUCAAAUUUCAUUGUCGCAGUCUCUUCUGUUUACAAGAGGGACUUAACGAAAUACAAUGGAAGUCUAUAUCUCCUAGCAACUUAUCAAGGUUUUAUAAGCCAAACUGAUUUGGUAUGGCAAAGGUUGGAUGAGGUGAAUGGAGAUGGGGUUUUUCUUACCAGCAACUUCACACCCUUUAAGGCUGAAACUCCAAGAAAUGAUUCAUGGAAUGAACAGCAAGCUAUGACGAGUACUGCUAAUUAUCUUGCUCAAUUUGACAACACUUCUGGAAACUCUAAUCUGGAGCUAGCUAUAGCACUUCAACAGCAAGAGUUUGAGCGGCAACCACAAAGGUUUCAAGCUCCACCACCACAGCAGCAACAACAACAGUAA